AACAAGAGUCGCAGCGGUCCAAAGAAGUUGCUGUUUUUCUUGCCCCAACUCAAUCAAACCAAACCCUACCCUACCCUAUCUCUCUCCUCACCUCUCCUCUCCUUUGGAAUUUGGAAUUUGGAACCUGGAAUCCUUCCCUUCCCUUCCCUUCCUUCGCGAUUCAUUAUUGUAUUCCUCAAUUUCCCAAUCCAUCAACCCUCCUGAAUCGCGCACUGCAUCCAUUGCAUUUUCAUUUUCCUCGGGCUACCAAGGGUUUUUCGGGUUGGUUGAUGUGAUGCUGGGUUCUGGUUCCGGAGACGGCCGCAGAUAAUUGUUUGUACAUAUAUAUCUCCAUUGAGAUUGAUUGACAUACGAGUUGUUUGGAGGUGAGAUUGGGGCGGGCGCGGGAUAAUUACGAUGAAAUUGUUUCCAAUUUCAUCCAGCUCCGAUAGCUCACCCACGGGGACGGGGAGGAGCGGCUCCGAGAAAAGCCGGGCGCUGUUGUACCUCAAUAUCUAUGAUCUAACUCCCGUAAACAAUUAUCUUUAUUGGUUUGGCUGCGGAAUCUUUCAUUCUGGUGUUGAAGCACACGGGCUGGAGUAUGGGUUUGGAGCCCAUGAAUACCCAACCAGUGGAGUGUUUGAGGUUGAGCCGAGAAGUUGCCCUGGCUUUAUCUUUAGGCGCUCAAUCGUUUUGGGAAGCAUCGAUCUAUCUCAUUCCGAAUUUAAGUCAUUCAUGGAGCAUCUUUCCAACAAAUACCAUGGUGACACAUACAAUUUGAUUUCCAAGAAUUGCAACCAUUUCACCGAAGAUGUUUGCCUGCAGCUUACCGGAAAACCUAUACCUGGAUGGGUAAAUCGGUUGGCUCGUCUAGGUUCUUUAUGUAAUUGUUUGCUGCCCGAGAGUCUCCAAGCUACAUCAGUCUCAAAUCUUCCCGAUAUUGAAAUGUAUUCAGAUGGGAGUGGAUCGGGGGGUGCGUCUUCGUGCUCGGAAUCAGGAGAUGAGAGGGAAGAAGUAGAAGAAGAGGAGAUGGGAGAGGAUGUAAAUCAUCAUCUACUGAUUGCGCCAAACAGUAACGUGGCAUUUUUGAAAGACAAACCAGUAAGACUAGCCAAGGAUGUUCUCUAACUUCCUUGCCAUUUCUCUCUCAUUACCUUGGGUUUGUUUGUUGUCUCUGCGGGCACGUAUGUGUGUGUAUCUAUGAGUGUCUAUAUCUAUAGCUAUAUAUAUAUAUAUAUAUAUCUACCUAGAAAUGCUUCUAAAUGUAUGUAUGUAUGUGUGGUUUGGUUUGUCCCAAUUCCCAAAUAGUUUUUUCUUUGUGUGUGGAAAUUGCAAGUGUUCAUGUUGCUUUUUCCUUUAGCCUUAGGCUUUGGUGUCUAUUGUUGUUUUUAUGAUUCAUGCUGUGUUUGUGUGUGUGUGUGUGUGUGUAUGUACCUACCAAAUUAUAUAUAAAUUUAGAGUUUAGGGUUUGUUAA